AUGGCUUCAACAACAACUGAUGAUCCUGCGACAUCAUCAUCAUCAUCAAGUUUUGAAAAACGUCUUACACUUGUUAAUAGUACUCAAGAAAGUGUUCAAACAUUAUCAUUAUGGAUUUUAUAUCAUCGUUCUCAAUAUGAACAUUUAAUCAAAACAUGGUUUAAAGUUUUAAAAAAAUCAAAACCAUUACAUCGUUUAACAUUAUUUUAUGUUGCUAAUGAUGUUAUACAAAAUGCUAAAAAACAUAAUGCAUUAGUUUACCAACAAGCAUUUAAACCUUUUCUAAAUUCUUCAAUGAUUUAUGUUAAAGAAAAUGCAAUUAAAAAAAAAGUUCAACGUAUACUUGAAAUAUGGCGUGAACGUGGUGUUUAUGAUGAAGAUUUUAUUGAUGAAUUGUUAAAAAAAUUAGUUGGUACUGAAGUUUAUGAAAAAGAUAAAGAAGUAACUCGUGUUAUUUCUGAAUUUCAACCAAAAUCAUUAUGUGAAUCAUUGAUACGUUUUAAACAACUUGAAGGUGAAACACUUGUUAAAGAACAAAUGAUAAAUAAUGAUUUAAAACUUAUUGAUGGAAUGUCAAUUGAAAAUGUUCGAAAACUGAAAGAUAAAACAUCAACUGAUGCAUAUUAUAUUGAAUAUGAAAAUAGUCGAGAAAAAUUUCAAGAAUAUGUUCGAUAUUUUGAACGUCUUUUAGAAGAACGUAAAACAAUUAAACAACAUUGUAAACAAGCUGAAAUUUUUUAUGAUGCACAAUAUCAAGAUGCUAAUAUUGUUGUUGAAGCAUACAAAAAUUUUGGUGAUAAAGUAGCAACAUUAAAAAAAAAACUUGAUAGUUUAAUAAGAGAUUUACCUGAAACUGUAUCACCACCAUCCGCAGAUAAUGUGCCAUCACCAGGAAAUACUCCUCCUGAUUAUCGUCAAACUGAUAUGGAUUUAUCUGAUAAUGAAGAAAAUAAUUCAAAAUCUCCAUCAGAUCGCACCGCAAUUGUACGAACAACACGUGCUGAUCCUCGUCAUCAUCGUAAACAUGUUCAUCAUCGUCAUCAAUCAUCUCAACAAUAUUUUGAUGAUGCUGAUGAACGAUCAAAUAAAGAUAAUUCAAAUUUAUCACCAUUAGUUAAUGGUGAAAAUAACACAACAUUACAACAAACACCAAUGAUUGAUGUUAAUUUAAUAACUGAUUUACUGAUACAACAUUCACAAUCAACCGGUUUUGAAAAAAGUCUUGAAAUGCUUACACAAACAUUACGGCAACUUACAGAUCCAAAUGCAAUACCACCGACGACAACAACAACAACAACAACAACAACAGCAACUUCUUCACAACCAUCUAAUCAACUUCCUCGAACAAAUCCGUUUGAAAAUCUACUUAUGAAACGGCUUCAACCAUCAAUUCCUCAAACAGUUCUACCACCACCACCGCCCGUUUCAUCACAAGUUUGGUUUAAUUCAACAACUCCUCAAACAUUUUCAUCGUCGGUUCCACCAUUUUUUCCUCUUUCUGGUCAGCAACCACCGAAUGUACCUAUGGAUUUUCAUUCUCUACAACAAUAUCAAAAUCAACGAAACUAA